AUAUUUUAUUAUUGCUAUAGCAACCACAUUGGGAAAUAUCAGACCUCUAUUCGAAUGUUGUUUUGUAUUGAAUGCUCCUUUCCUACAGUCAUUACGGUUCCUUUAACAGCCAUUAACCAUCAACAGCUUUUUGACUCAUGUUAAACUCGCUGAAAGGGAAGCUCUGAAGCUGAAGGAUCUAAAAACACCAUGGACUAUCAGAGACUAUGAGGGACGCUAUCAGAGACAAUUUUUUCUCUCUCUAGAGUUUCGGCUCUUCCCGCUAGUAUUCCCGCUUGCACUAUCAAGGGAGACUGAUGGAUGGGUGUAUACUGAUGAGAAUCCAUACUUGAUAUCAAUUCUGUGACUGGCCGGAUAUAAUAAAACCGCCAAUCAACAAGACUAUGGUUCCUGAUAGUAAUUUCCCAAACUGAGCUGUCCAGCUUGACUCUUUGCUACUUAAUGAAUUACACAAGAAAGCUGCUAUCUGUGGUCGUGGCGGGUGAGUCGAAGGUACAUCUAUUUCUGCUUAUUAAUAAAGCCCUGCAGCUGCUCGUGACGUCAUGAGUAGAAUGAAACGGCGACAGCGUAAAGCACGAAGAUCUACAAGCUCCACAGAAAACCAAAUGCCCAACGAUAUAGCUAACGGGUUUGUCAGACCAUUCUGGCAGGCUGAACUACAGAAUGAAAAUGGUCACCCCAUGAUGAAUGGGAUUCGACUAAAUGACUUGGAUACUGUAAACAGACAUUUUUCGAGCCGUGCCGAGGGCGAGAAGUCCGAAGCGAAUGGGUUUCUAGCUAACCAUCAGCAAAGACUAGAGAAUGCCAUGCUUAAUGCAGUGCGCGAAUUCAAUCUAUUGGCCCUGGAAGUUACACUCAAUCAUUAUCUUGAGCUUUUAAAUCUGGAUGGAUUUUAUGAGAACGAUUCUUUAGAGUCUUGUGAUUCUAGCAAACCUAUAAACUUCUUACCUUUGAUUGUUGCUGCACAACUUGGAAACAACGAAGCCAUAAACUUGUUCCUAUCUAAAGGAUUUGAAGUUCAGAAACCUCAUAAUGUCCUGUGUAAGUGUGAAGAAUGCAUGAAGGAUGAAUUUAAAGUAUCUCAACAACGGCUGGACAUCUAUCGCGCCUUAGCAAACCCUGUGUAUAUCUCCAACACUAGUAAAGAUCCCUUCAGCACGACCUUCAAACUCAGUACAGAACUCGAAAUCUUAUCUAGACGUGAAGAUGAAUACGAGAAAGAUUACUUGGCUUUAGCUCAGCAGUGUUGUCAGUUUUCCUUGGGUUUGUUAGAUGAAUGCAGAACUUCAAAAGAGCAAAGAAAUAUUCUAAAUUAUCCCGGGGAAGAAGCGUCCGAAUCGCACUUCAGUGAUAACAGCCUCGGCUUGGUAAACUGUGCAAUUUUUCACAACCAGAAAGAGUUCGUUGCACACCCGUUCUGUCAACAUCUGAUCAUGCAACAUAUUUUUGGAGACAUAACUGGAUGGAGAACAAGCAGCUUCAUCUACAGAGUGUUCUACGUUAUUACACAAGUUAUCAUCUUUCCUUUGAUGGCAAUAGUUUACUUCUUCUUUCCUUUCCUUCACGUUAGUCGCAAAAUAAGGCGACCUCUGAUCAAAUUCAUCAAUCACACUGCUUCGUUUGUUACGUUCCUUGUUCUGCUUGCCGUAUCUUCGCACCACAAGUUCGGGAUCAGGUUCAAAGAAAUGCCCUCGUAUUUAGAAUGGAUGAUAUUAAUGUGGAUUCUCGGUAUUGCCUGGUCUGAAUGCAUCCAGGUCUGGCAUGAAGGUGUCACACGAUAUCUGUCUAGUGGAUGGAAUUGGAUGGACAUGGGAAUGGUGUUUCUUAUAUUAGGAGCCUAUAUCAUAUGGACUAUCAUGAUUCUACUAGAUCUAUCCAAACCAGGAGAGCUUCUCCAUGAUAUAGUGCUUAGCACGGCUGACGGCAUGUACUCAUUCGGCGUGGUAGCCAGUUUCUUCCGUCUCGUAUAUCUCUGUCAAAUUAGCCGUUACCUUGGCCUACUGCAGCUUAGCUUAAGCCGAAUGGUUCGUGUCAUCUUUCAAUUUGCAUUCAUCAGUUGCGUCAUGCUUGCAUCAUUUUCCGUUGCCAUGACGAUGUUGUUUAUGGUGUCAUUCGAAGCAUACGGGAAAGAAAGACCACUAGCGUACAACUCAACGAUGUUGGAAUCCGUUCUUGACAAGGGAUAUCACAACCUAUUGACUACGAUGGUGACCCUAAUGUGGGCUAGCCUCGACAUGGUGGGGCUCGUCAGCCUUGAAGUAUUCAGAGGACAAAGCCUCAUACAGUUCUGGUCAGCGGCAUUGUUUACACUUUACCACGCAGCCUCCAUGAUUGUACUUCUCAACAUGUUGAUUGCAAUGAUGAGUAAUUCCUACCAACAAGUCGAGGACAACAUCGAGACGGAGUACAAGUUUGCACGUACACAACUUUGGGCGGAUUACAUCGGUGAUGGAGUACCAACCCUGCCACCACCAAUCAACCUUAUACCAACACCUAAAUUCAUCUAUAGAAAUCUCUCAAAAUUGACCUUCAAGUGCUUUGGAUUUCCAAGGAAAGAGCCCUGCCUUCCUGGGCACCAGUUCAGGGUUUAUGUCGAAGAAGGGAAACUUGACAUGGAGCAAAAGAAACAGGACUACAAGAACACUGUACGAGAGCUACUCAAUCGAUAUUGGGCCAGGCGGCGCAAACAUGACACAUCUAAAGAAAGUCCUGACCGUCUGAUAGCCAUGCACAACAUGAAGGACGAAGUGUCGGAUAUGUUAAGCGAGAUUCGUAACAUUCUAAAGUCAAGGGGUCGAACCAAGAAUAGAGAACGACUUGCCAGGAUUGAGGAAACAAUGGAACAGGAAAAUAUCCGUAUAGAGUGUCACCCUCAGCCAGCAUCUUCUACAAGUUUACAACCUACCCCUACGAGUAACCACAUUGAUAUAAACACUCCUAAUGAUAUCAGCCAAACAAAACAGGACUCGAACCAUAACAUCGAAGAGGCAAGUGCUGAUCAAGACCCUUUAGAUAAACAGCCCAAAGUAUAAACCGCUAGUGAAUUCUAUGGGCGCGAGCAUGGCAACAGUUUCGAAUGAAGAUGAAACAACAAGACUAUAGAUUAUAAGACAGGUUUUGAAUAUGGCAUAGGUAUUCCUAUUAACUGUUAUCACGGUAUAUAUUCGUAGUAUAUGUCAAUGAAAGCAUGAUCGUAUAAGGGGAUUAUGCUCACAAUCAGUCAUAGAAUAGACUGCAAAACCUACGAGUCUAUCGUGACGCUACUGACUAGCUUAAAAGAAGAAUGUGUAUAGAAGAUUGUACUAUGUCUGGGUCGCGAGAUUAAAUGCCCUCCUGCCCUCCUGCCCUCCUGCCCUCCUGCCCUCCUGCCCUCCUGCCCUCCUCUCAUUCCCCCAACAUUUUAGACUCAGCACAUUCAAUACUUUUGUAAAACUUUACUUUACUUUUCAAGGCAAUAUUGCAGUCUCAGUAUUGUCUCUUUUUCACUCCUCACGUCUGGAUUAUCUUAUCUCCUCAACUGAGGAAAGAAAACAAAAGACUGAUCGACUAAUAAUCUGUGCACUAUACAGAUUUCCUAAUAAUGCAUUAAUGUAUUAAUGUAACAUAUGGGACUAAAUAUUAUUUUUUCAAGCUCAUGAGCGAGAUCAUGCAUGGCAGCAAAGUGUCAUCCAGUCUUGUGCAAUAGUAAGCAUGCCAGUUUGCAUGCGACAAAGAUUUGUAAAUAAUAUUCAGGAAUGUAAAAUAUUUUUAACUGAAUUCCUUGUUCCUGACAUUUUAUAUGAAAUUUAAAAUAUGACAACGACAGAAAACAAAAUGGAACAAAGGCAAUCUGUUUAUCAGUAAGAGUAAGCAUACCUAAGAAAAUCGUACUACGCAUGCUCAGGAAAGUACGAACAGUGAAUGCUCAUUUUUCGACCUGAAACUAUAAAUAAACAUAGAUAUUUUAUGGAUAAUUAUAUGAUAAAUAGUUUUAUUAAAAGAAAGCAAUAUCAUUAAAACAAAGCGUACAUACAUGGUUAUCAUUUUUCCUCUGGCAUUUUCCCGCCAUUUUUCUGAGCAUGCGCAGUGCUACAUGUUGGAUGAACUGCAAUAACAUAACAUUCAUAUCACUGUAUGCGUUUAAGUAAACUACUGGGUAUUCAAAAUAAUCCUUUUCAUAAGCUAUUUAUGGUUUUAAUGUAUUUGUAGAUUACUUUUAAUAGGAGUCAUUUUCGGUACAUCAUUCGGGGAUAGAAAUUUUUGCACUGAAACUUCACAAGUAAAGCACUGUAAAUCAGAAAUAAAAAAAGAACCGGAAAUGACGUCACUUAUGUUAACCUACUAAGAAAUCUAAAUAUUUAUUUGUUUUAGUUAAACAAGUGUUUUCUUUUUGCACAAAAACUUUGUAGAAUUUUAUUGAACAUUUUAAGGCGACUGCCUACUGUUGGAAAUUGAUUUAAACUUUUUUUUAAA